GUUUCCCAGGGCUCUGGAGGAGAACAGCUGUGUUCCUAAUCACGAUCGCAAUGGGAAUGGAGAUUGCAGGGGACCGCAGGGGCCAGGUUCUCAUUCCCCAAAGCUUCCCCUUCAUCAUCCAAGAAGGCACUCAGGUCUGUCUGUGCAAGGCCCCAGGUAAAGUGCUGGGCUACCCAGUAAUUGGGUUCAGUAGCAGGAUGGCCUCAGAUUGAGGUCCGAAGGCCAAAGGGCAGCCCCUCUCCCCAGUGUGGGUCCAGGAAAGACAGGCUCCAGGCGGGAGCACACGCCGCGCCCCUGGAGCCUUGCUCCCUCGCCACGCCCACUUCCUGCCCCCAUCCUGCGCCUUUCCAGGUCUUCUCCCGGUGAACCGGAUGCUCUGUCAGUCUCCUCCUCUGCGUCCUCGGCCGCGGCCCGUGUCCCUAGCAAAGCCGCUGCCACCCCGGAGGGCCCAGCCAGUGGGCUCCCGGAGGCUGGCCGGGCAGGCGUGGUGCGCGGUAGGAGCUGGGCGCGCACGGCUACCGCGCGUGGAGGAGACACUGCCCUGCCGCGAUGGGGGCCCGGGGCGCUCCUUCACGCCGUAGGCAAGCGGGGCGGCGGCUGCGGUACCUGCCCACCGGGAGCUUUCCCUUCCUUCUGCUGCUGCUGCUGCUCUGCAUCCAGCUCGGGGGAGGACAGAAGAAAAAGGAGAAUCUUUUAGCUGAAAAAGUAGAGCAGCUGAUGGAAUGGAGUUCCAGACGCUCAAUCUUCCGAAUGAAUGGUGAUAAAUUCCGAAAAUUUAUAAAGGCACCACCUCGAAACUAUUCCAUGAUUGUUAUGUUCACUGCUCUUCAGCCUCAGCGGCAGUGUUCUGUGUGCAGGCAAGCUAAUGAAGAAUAUCAAAUACUGGCAAACUCCUGGCGCUAUUCAUCUGCUUUUUGUAACAAGCUCUUCUUCAGUAUGGUGGACUAUGAUGAGGGGACAGACGUUUUUCAGCAGCUCAACAUGAACUCUGCUCCUACAUUCAUGCAUUUUCCUCCAAAAGGCAGACCCAAGAGAGCUGAUACUUUUGACCUCCAAAGAAUUGGAUUUGCAGCUGAACAACUAGCAAAGUGGAUUGCUGACAGAACGGAUGUUCAUAUUCGGGUUUUCAGACCACCCAACUACUCUGGUACCAUUGCUUUGGCCCUGUUAGUGUCACUUGUUGGAGGUUUGCUUUAUUUGAGAAGGAACAACUUGGAGUUCAUCUAUAACAAGACUGGUUGGGCCAUGGUGUCUCUGUGUAUAGUCUUUGCUAUGACUUCUGGCCAGAUGUGGAACCAUAUCCGUGGCCCUCCAUAUGCUCAUAAGAACCCACACAAUGGACAAGUGAGCUACAUUCAUGGAAGCAGCCAGGCUCAGUUUGUGGCAGAAUCACACAUCAUUCUGGUACUGAAUGCCGCUAUCACCAUGGGGAUGGUUCUUCUAAAUGAAGCAGCAACUUCGAAAGGAGAUGUUGGAAAAAGACGGACUUUUUAAUUAAAUGAAGCCAAGUGGGAUUUGCAUAAAGUGAAUGUUUACCAUGAAGAUAAACUGUUCCUGACUUUAUACUAUUUUGAAUUCAUUCAUUUGAUUGUGAUCAGCUAGCUUAUUCUUGUGUACUUUUUUUAAACUGUGAGUUUUCCUAGUAAAUUUAAUUUAUAGAAAUCAAUGGUAGCAUUUAGUAAUCUACAAAGGAAAUAUCAAAGUGUUUUUCAAGCCUAUUAUAUUCAGUGUGUGCCACAGGAUUGAAAUAAAUGACAGUGUAAUUAUGAAUUCAUGUUUUAGAACUGUUUACUCAUUCAUAAAGGACUGCAAUGUUAGUAAAGAAAACCUAUGAAAUGUAUGUUAAAGAUUCUUAGUAUUGUACAGGGAUAAAGCAAAUGCAUGAAAAUAUGUCAUGUACUGAGAAUUAAACUUACUGCAGUUUCAGUCUUAAAGGACGUGCACUGUUAUAAAUAGUCUUUUGUUAUUAUUAACUAGAUAAAGGUUUACAGGACAGGGAGCUGGAUGAAUGGUACCUAUAAUUUGGAUGCCUAACCAAGGCCUAGAGCUUCUUCUUGAGAUCUGAAUCUAAAGUAAGUAUGCAUUAAAUCAGUGUGCUUCAAAGGCAUCAGAUAAUAAAGGCAACAUACCACAACUAGGAGUUAUUUCUCGAACUUUAGAUGUCAUCUGGGAAUACAGACUUACAAGUAAGAGCAAACUUAACACGCUAUGUCCAUUUUCGAGGAAACAACUCACUGUGUCCGUGUUCCUCAUGUGUUUUAUGGAACCAGCUUUCCAUCAAAGCCUCAAUCCUUGAAUCCAGACAAAAGGUUAAUUAUCCUAGGAUUAGUGAAUGAUUCAAUGAAGUUUUCUUGAAAACAAAUGUAGGAGUGUAACGUACUAUUAUGUUUGUAUCCUGUUUUAGUUUAUAAGCACUUACACAUAUAUUAUGGUAUUUCUUCCUCACAAUAACCUUGUAAAUUAGUCAGGAAAUGUAAAUUUUCUCUGACUUAUAGAAGUGAUGGAAGCUGAAAGCCGAAAAUAAAGUUUAUAGCCAGGCCUUUGAACUCUCAAACAUGGAUUUUUAUAUUCUGUGGAGUUACCCAAAUUAUGGGUUUAGGAAAGCAGUUCUUCAGUCAGUUCAGUGUUUGCUUUUUCUUUUUAAGGUUUGUUAUCUAAUUUUCAUUAACAUUUGAAUAAUAGACCAUGGAGGAUUGUUUUCAUUGCACGUUCCAGCUAUAUAGCCUCAAACAAGAAACAGAUAUACAACCACUGAGUUUACUUAUUUAAAUCUAUGAAUUUCAGUGAAGAGUGGAAAAUACAGAGGCCUAGUGGGGCAUGUUUAUCAAGUUAUAUCCCAGGGCAGUGUGUGUGUUAGCAGGAUGAAUGCUAUCUUUUCAAAACAUAAUAUUCAGUGAAAAUCACAUAAGUUUAUAGUCAUAAUCCCAAAUCUGUUACUAAAAAUAAUAUUAAUUUUCCCAGUUCUUGUACUUAGAUGAAUAAAUUUAGUUUUGGAAUAACAUUUAUGCAAAAACAAUAGAUAAACUUAGUCAUUUGUUCACUGCCUAUCCCUAGGCAAAACUUGACCUGUAAUUCUUAAUCCAUUGCAGAUUUUUUACAUUUUACUCAAAACUUCAGAGAUUACAUAGAGAAUCUCAGGUCAAAUUUUACAAGUAUUAAACGUGUUAAUUAUAAUCACUUUUGUUUGUAUCCUUAAAUCUCAGAAUUUAUCUUGCAGUUAAUAUGCAGCUGAUUAAAUGAUAUUACAAAUUA